AUGUCUUCAACAGCAGACCCAACCGUAGAUCUUGAAUUGGGCAAAUACGUACAAGAAGAAGGAAAUGAUGAUGAUAUUGAUACUCCUUUGAAUCAUCCAAAAGCUACUCAAGAACACCAACAAUCUUCCGACGAGGAUCAUCAACCAAUUUUAUUGCCAAAAUUUAAAGCAACCAUCAUUGGUACGGAAACACGAGAGGAAGAUCCAGAACAUCAAUCUCUCAUUCAUGAUAAUCGUUAUACUGUCUAUGAAAUUAAGGUUAUCAAUGAAAAUGAUGCUUCCAUUCAUUUUGUAUUUCGUCGUUUCUCGGAAUUUGCAAAUUUGAAAAACAAAUUAGCAGAAAAGUAUCCCGAGAGAGUUAAGGAAAUUGAAGCAAUGGAACUCAUCUUCCCAAAGGGUACAUGGUUUUGGACCAAUAAACUAUCAAAGGAAGUGGUCGAACAAAGAAGAGAGAAAUUGGAUGAAUUACUCAAGUUUAUUUGUUCGGACCCUGUUUUUAGUGGAGAUGAACGAUUUUACGAAUUUUUGCAAUGCGACAUGAAAAUGUUGGAGAAGGCCCUUGGAUAUUUCCGACACAAACUCUAUCAUUAUCAACAAAGUAGAAAGGAUUUGAAAGAUAAGGAAGAGUAUGAACGUUCUCAAGAAAUGGUGAGACAAUUGACAAGAAAAAGAAGUGAGAGCUUGAGUAAGACUAAGGGUACACAGAAUACGAGCUCAGCAAGUAUGAUUCAUCAGCCUCAUCAUCAUCAUGACCAUCAUCAUCAUCAACAAUAA